AUGCCGCAAAACCGCUGUUGUGUACCUGGAUGUGUUGAAAGUGGAAAUUCCCAUUCAGUGCUGCAUGGAUUUCCAAAUCCCGAGAAUAAUCCAGAAUUAUUCAGAUCUUGGAUUUAUGCUGUGGGUGGUGACAUUCUUGGUUUAGAUAAUCAGUAUAUCUACAAACUUCGGCGUGUAUGUCAUGCUCAUUUUGAGCAAAAAUAUUGCUGCCGUUACAAUAGGAUUAGUAACAUAGCUGUGCCAACAAUUAAUUUACCUGGACCACUUGUCAUUCCAAAAUUAAAUGUUGUUGAACAUCGACCAUUGCAAGCUAAAGAGAAUUUGUUGCUUGUAACUCCAUCAAGCUCUAAAGAUCCUGUAUAUUUUGCAUCUGAGGUGGCUUCACAGCAAAGUAUUCACCAAAAUAAGGAAAAUGUUAUUUUAAUUGUUGGUGCAUAUAAGGUUAUUGGUGUAAGGAGACUGACCAAGCAUGUAACUGCUACAAAGUCUGAGGAGGAACUACACAGAAAGAUCAGAGCUUUCAAAAUUAAACUAGCGAAUGCCAGAAUAAGGUCUAUUAACAAAGUAGUCACUGAUAAAGAAUUAGAAGGUAGUGACGAUGGUAUGGUAAAGGAAGCUCUGAUGAAGAAAGAAAAUAGAAGUAGUAGAUCAGCCGCGGGAAAAGCUAGGAAAUUUAUAUCAGUUUGGUCUAGAGACCUUUCUAAACAAUCAUAG